CAGAAUUUCACGCGCUGACGCGCCUGCGCCUUGCGAAACACCCGCAGGCCGCAGGCCGCAGGCCGCAGGCCACGGGGGGCCCCGCGCCGCCCGGCCGAAAGGGACGAUGGGACUGCGGCUGCGGACUAGUGGAGUGCUCCUGCUCCCGCAACAAAUCCCAACCCCAAGUCCCCCCAACCAAAGCAGAGGAAAGAGCCGAGGACGCGAGGGCGACGACCCGGAGGAGCACCGGACCCGAAGGCGGAGCCCCCCAAGCCAGAACCCGGCGAGGGGGUCGGUGCCGACCAUGUCCUCGCCCGCGCCCUCCCCGCCCGCCGGGGCGCCGUCGGAGCCGCUCCUGCUCCCGCUCCCGCCCCCGGAGUUCUACUGCUACCAGUGCGAGGCCACGGUGUCGCUGCCCGAGCCGGCCGCGCCCUCCUCGGCCAGGCUCCUCUGCCCGCUCUGCCAUAGCGACUUCAUCGAGGAGAACCCUAGCACCCCGUCUCCACCACCACCUCCGCCGCCGCCGCCCCCACCGCUUUUCCUCUCCGACUCCUCCUCCUCCUCGCUCUCGGACGACCCCGACGACGACUUCGACCUUGUCAUGGACCCCGACGUGGUGCGCGCCUACCUUAGCCGCUUCGCCCACCGCCACCACCUCCAGCAGAUCGGCCACGGCCCCGGCCCGCACGGCCGAGGGGAGCCGCCCGCCACGGCCGCCUCCAUCGCCGCGCUGCCCACGGUCGAGGUUGCUGAGCCCACCGCCGUCUGCGCCAUCUGCAAGGACGACCUGCCCCUCGCCUCCGAGGCGCGGAAGCUCCCCUGCGCCCACCUCUAUCACUCCUUCUGCAUCGUCACCUGGCUCGGGAUGCACAACUCCUGCCCCGUCUGCCGCUUCCGCAUCCCCCCCGCCGACGACCCCGACCAGGCCGCACCGUCGCAGCAGGACCCGCCGCCCACGCGGAUCACCAUCCGCUUCAGCACCACCACACGCCGCCGCGUCCGCAUCGGCAGCGAUGCGCCACUGGCGUCUCAUAUCUCGGCGUCGCCCACGCAGCUCGCACAGGCUAUUACCGGGGAUGGAGCUGGUGGACCUGCCAAUAGCGGCGAGACUGUGUCAUCUGAGUGGCCUCCGCACCCCGAAUCGGAUACAGUCAUGUCGGAGGCACGCGAGGGGGGUGGCUUUUUUGAUUGAGCCAGAGGUUCCAAUUAUCAGGCGAUAAGGUAGCUGCUGUUAGCUGUCAGCCAACAGGAGUAAAAGGAGGCUACCACCUACCAUACGCUUCCUGUCUUCGUUCGGACGAGGUUUCUCGCAAGGUGAUGGCGUGCUGUUACAGCUGAAACUAAAGCUGUCCUUGUUCGGACGAGGUUUCUGGCGAGCGAGAAGAUGGCAUGUUGGUUACAGCUGAACUAAAGUUGUCCUGUUAGGAGAACAAGAGCAUUCAUCGCAUGGGUUCCCGGUGUCUUGUAUAUUGGUUAAACGUAUUUAUUCGUAAUAAAUAUAUAGGCAUGUACAAUGUGCAGUACUCCGUUUCUGGUGUCCCCGUGCCCUCCAUGCAACUUGGUAGGUACAUAUGGGAAUGAAUCGAGUGCUGUUUGGUUCACAUAUUUGUAACGUGAACGGUAAUCAAUAACGUCAAACCAUGUUUGUUGCAAUCAGAUAAUACACUAGAAACUGAUAUCGUCCUA